AUGUUCUUUCAAACCAUUGCAUCAUUCACCACUGUUGACUAUAUUCUUAUUAUUUUCUUAACAUUCUUUUCAUACCUAAUUCGUUUUUACUAUAAUCAUUUCACUCGCCCUAAUCCACUUCCUGGUCCUCUACCAUUACCAUUUGAACUAGAGAAUUAUUUUUAUGACGGCAACUUCAAACUCAUUGCUGCUACCUUACAACAAAAAUAUGGUGACAUCUGUGAAUUUAGAUUAGGUGGUUAUAGAAGAAUACUUCUCUCUAGGACUGAUUAUUUCGAAAAUUUAUUGACCACUUCGACAAAGAGUUCAAUAUUAUUCGGAAAACAUGAGUAUACUCAAGGCAUGGACGAACUUGGUGUUUUUGGGCGAGGAAUCUUUUUCAAUAGUGAUUACGAGACUUGGAAAAUUAAUAGAUACCUUUUUUCUCAGUCAAUGUCAACUCCUGGUUUCAAUGAUGAAGUCAUAAAGCAGAGCAAUGUUUUAUUUAAUGAGUUGGAAGGAUACUGGAAUUCGCUUAAGAAUUCCAAUUCAUCUAAUGAUGUUUGGUUUGAAAUGGACUUUUUGCCAUGGAUAAAUAGAUAUUCCUGUGAUAUCAUAACAGCCUUAGCAACUGGUGAACGUGCUUAUUCCAUGGCAUCUUAUUAUAAUUCUUUCAACUCUAAUGAAAAUUCUUGCUUCGAUACUUCUAAAUUAUACUAUUCUGAUAAAUUCAAUCGAAGUAUUAUAUCACUAAUUCGAGGAAUGAUAAUCUUCCAACUUGUUAAUCCAUUCUUAAGAUAUCAUGUAGCAUCAUACAGGGAUAAAGCAAAUUCUGUUUUGGCUGAUAGAGAUUUCAUAUUUAAUUCAUUGGACAAUGUAAUUGAACAAAGAAAAUUUGAACUUUCAAAGACUCCUCAUGAAUUAAAGUCAAAGCAUGACUUGCUAACUUUUCUCCUUAGUCAUGACGUCAAUGAGAUGUCUAUAAAUAACGAUGUUAUUAGAUCAAUCUUACUUGAUGCUUUUCUUGCUGGGUUUGAUACGACUUCACACUUAUUAUGUUAUAUAAUAUAUUACAUUUGCCAUAAUCCACACGUAAAACAAAAAAUGUUUGAUGAAAUUGAUUCAGUUUUUCCCAAUAAUUCUUCUGACACACCAUAUAUAACUGCUGACAUUCUUGCAAAACUUAAAUAUUGUGAAGCAAUAAUUAAAGAAACUUCUCGUGUGAUGCCAGUAACCGCUGUAUCAAAAAGAGUUGCCGCUGCUGAAUGUCAGGUUGCUGGGUACACAUGGCCAACUAAAACUAUAUUUCAUUUAAAUUAUGCUAGCAUUCAUAUGAAUGAAAAGUACUGGGAAAAUCCUAAUGCUUAUGAUCCAGAUAGAUUUUAUCUAAAAAAUAAUUUGAAUGGAUUUGAAAACAAUUUGGAUAGUAUAUCCAAAUAUUCGUUGGUUAUUUUUGGCGGAGGCAUAAGAAUUUGUCCUGGAAGAAAAUUUGCAAUGAAUAAUAUGCUCUCAUUUAUGGCACUGAUGUUUAAAAAAUAUGAUGUAGAAUUGGUGGAUAUGCAAGCCCCGUUGAAAACUUAUACAACAUUUAUAACUACUUGUCUAGG